GGGCAGGCAGGCAGCGGGACGAACAGCCGCGCUUCUGGAAGGUUCUCCGAGUGCGCAGGAGCGGAGGGAGCGGCGCGGGUGGCGCGGAGCGGAGGCCCCGGGGUCACGAGACCGUUGGGUGGGCGGAGCCGGCGGCCGGGGAGGUUCCAGUCUGUUCGGCCUCGCGGCAGCCGCCCCCCUCGCACGGUCACGCCGAGCUCCGCGCCCGGGCCUGGAACCGGGGCCGCCGCCGCCGCCGCCGCCGCCUGCGCACCAUGGACCCCCGCAAAGUGAACGAGCUUCGGGCUUUCGUGAGGAUGUGUAAGCAGGACCCGAGCAUCCUGCACGCCGAGGAAAUGAGCUUCCUGAGGGAGUGGGUGGAGAGCAUGGGGGGUAAAAUACCACCUGCUCCCCACAAAACAAAGUCAGAAGAAAGAAUAAAGGAGGAAAAAGCAGAUAGUAACAAGGCGGAGGAAAACAUCGAGGCUGAGGAGCCGUCGAGCGAGGAAAGUGAUCUAGAAAUUGACAAUGAGGGUGUAAUUGAACCAGACACUGAUACUCCUCAGGAAAUGGGAGAUGAAGAUGUAGAGAUAACCGAGGAGAUGAUGGAUCAGGCAAAUGAGAAGAAGGCGGCCGCCAUUGAUGCUCUGAAUGAUGGUGAACUACAGAAAGCCAUCGACUUGUUCACAGAUGCCAUCAAGCUGAAUCCUCGCCUGGCCAUCCUCUAUGCCAAGAGAGCCAGCGUCUAUGUCAAAUUACAGAAGCCAAAUGCUGCUAUCCGAGAUUGUGACAGAGCCAUUGAAAUUAAUCCCGAUUCAGCUCAGCCUUAUAAGUGGCGAGGGAAAGCCCACAGACUUCUGGGCCACUGGGAAGAAGCCGCCCAUGACCUUGCCCUUGCAUGUAAACUGGAUUAUGACGAUGAUGCUAGUGCCAUGCUGAAAGAAGUCCAGCCCAGGGCCCAGAAAAUUGCAGAACAUCGGAGAAAAUAUGAGCGUAAACGUGAAGAGCGGGAGAUCAGAGAACGAUUAGAACGGGUUAAGAAGGCUCGGGAAGAACAUGAAAGAGCCCAGAGGGAGGAAGAAGCCAGACGACAAUCAGGACCUCAGUAUGGAUCUUUCCCAGGUGGCUUUCCUGGGGGAAUGCCUGGUGGUGCUUUUUCUGGAGGAAUGCCUGGAAUGGCAGGAAUGGCAGGAAUGCCCGGACUCAAUGAAAUUCUUAGUGAUCCAGAGGUUCUGGCAGCCAUGCAGGAUCCAGAAGUUAUGGUGGCCUUUCAGGAUGUGGCCCAGAAUCCAGCAAACAUGUCCAAAUAUCAGAGCAACCCAAAGGUCAUGAAUCUUAUCAGUAAAUUGUCAGCGAAAUUUGGAGGUCAGUCAUAAUGUCCUCUUGAAAAGCCCUUGCUGAAGAAAAGGCGAGUUAGAUCACCCGUGGAUGUCGCAAUAAUAGAAACCAGUGUACCUCUGACCUUCUUGUGAAGAAAGCUGGGGUGCUUUGAAUAUGAUCCGUAGCCCUCUGCCCCAUAUGCAACUGAAACAUUUGCCAUUUAGGGUACUCAUUCAGAUAAUGUUUCCUACUAGGAAUUAUAAACUUCAAAUAUUUUUAAACGGUAAAAAUAUUUAAGACCAAUUAAAAGGGUGUGAUAAUCCCUGCAUAAUCUCUCUAAUCCUCUUGAGUCUUUAUUGCUCAGUUUGGUGAAAUAAAAGCUUGACAUCUGGAGGUAAUUAUAAAAUUUCAGUAGAGAAAUUUUGAGUUGGCUAUAU